UUUUGAAGCGAGGGACGUUUGAAACUGAAGUCCCUCGGUCAGUGUUUGGAGGAAGUGUGUAAGAUAGACGGCGUUGAAGUUAAGUCCGCAUAGAUUUACAAUCUGGUUUGACCCAUAUAAAUCUGCAUUUUACCUGCAAGACUGUUUAACAUCUAUCUUGCGGUAACGUUACCUUCCGUAUUUAUGUAGUCGCAAACGCCAGCUCUCGUUAACGGGCCGACGUACCUGCUAGCUAACGGUAACGUUAAAGCUCGAGAGCUAAUUUAGGGAUUAGAUUCUGGAUUACACAUCGGUCAGUUUCUCCCGGUCAUUGUGCAACAAGACGUUUUGAAUAUGGACUCAUCUGGCAGGCUGAGACUGACCAAGGACAUGAAGCUUCAAAGACCUGAACUCACGUCCAACUGUGACGGGCCGAAGCGGAUCCCGGUGUCCCAUCAGUCGCAGGCUGCUGUGGUCACACCGACUCCUCACCAGCGGGUUCUAGGCGUGUCAAACGGGCCCCGGCGCAUUCAGCGGCCCGCGUCGCACCAAAAACCGGCGUCUCAGGUCUCUGCGGUGGUCAAGUCCACGCACCCCACUGAUCAGAACGUGAACCCCGCCGCUCAGGCCGGACACCGUGCGCCACAGCCCAAACGCGUUUCUCAACAGAUCCAACCAAAGACAAAUGUGAACCCGGAGCCGGCCAAGGCGCCGUCGGAACCGGCAAACCCAGACAAGCCACAGAGCCAACCGACCAAGAACGAUUCCGGCACCUCUGCGUCAAACAGGCGGUGGAGCCUGGAGAAUUUCGACAUUGGCCGUCCCUUAGGAAAGGGUAAAUUUGGAAAUGUCUACCUGGCCAGAGAGCAACAAAGUAAGUUCAUCUUGGCCCUGAAGGUGCUGUUCAAGAAGCAGCUGGAGAAGGCCGGGGUGGAGCACCAGCUGAGGAGAGAGGUGGAGAUCCAGUCUCACCUCAGGCACCCAAAUAUCCUGCGUCUCUACGGUUACUUCCAUGACUUGUCACGUGUCUAUCUCAUCCUGGAGUUUGCACCCAAGGGUGAGCUGUACAGUGAGCUGCAGCGCUGUGGAUGUUUUCCGGAGGCCAGAAGUGCCACAUACAUAAUGGAACUGGCCGACGCACUCAACUAUUGCCACUCCAAGAAGGUGAUCCACAGGGACAUAAAACCAGAGAACCUGUUACUGGGGGCCAACGGAGAGCUCAAGAUUGCAGACUUUGGCUGGUCCGUCCACACUCCCUCCUCCAGGAGAUCCACACUCUGCGGCACGCUGGACUAUUUGCCUCCAGAGAUGAUUGAGGGAAAAACUCACGAUGAGAAGGUGGAUCUGUGGAGUCUUGGCGUCCUUUGCUACGAGUUCCUGGUGGGAAAGCCACCCUUUGAAACGAAGAGUCACGAGGAGACCUACCGCAAGAUAUCAAGGGUGGAGUACACUUACCCCACACAAGCCAAUAUCAGUGCUGGAGCCAAAGACUUGGUUGCGAGGCUGCUGAAGCACAACCCGAUGCAAAGACUGCCCAUCCAGGGAGUCCUGGCUCACCCCUGGGUGGUUGAGAGCGCCACCAAGAAACCCACAACUCUAACCAGCGACGAGCUCAGCCAGUGAGGGCCCCCCCCUCCAUCAAACACCGGAGGUGUGCAGAACACACCAGCUGCACGAAGGUGGGGGGGAAAAGGACACAUCACAAUUUGCUUGUAUGAGUAUAUUGAUCUAUUUGUGUGCAGCCAUCUUGAGCCACUUUUUCCUUUUUCAAUUUGUUUGUUUGUCCCCCUUCUCUUUUAUUUCUUUUAUCCUUUCCUUAAAUGGGAUCCACUUGUCUGUAAAUAUUCCGCUGUAUUGUGUAAUUAUGAGAAUUGUAUUGAACUUUUCUAAAAUGCCAUAACUUGAAAUAAAAGAUGUAUCUUUUGUGGAAUGUGGCACGCUUGAAUUUAACUGUCUUAAAGUGAAACCAUGUUUAUUAAUCCGCAAUUCAAGGUGUUGUCUAGUUGUAGUAUUUUGCACAAUAUCGUCAUUCAUCACCCUUUUUAUUAAGCUCUCCUAUCGGCACGUGACCAGCAGAGGGCGCCAGUACACCACUAGAGUCCAAUUGGGGAACUGUAACCGAAUUAUUCUGCUGACCCUGUUAAUAAACAUGUUUCAUAUUUAAUGUCUGCUACAAUAAAAUGUUUUAUGUACA